CGUAUUUAACAAUUAUAAUCAUAAAUUAUUAUAAACAUAAAAGGAUUAAAAAACAAAAUGGUAGGCUAGAUUUUCUUAAUCGUGUUUUAAAUUUUUGUGUAUCUACAGAAUCAUAUAAAUCUCGAGAAAAUGACGAAUAAAGGUAACGAUACUUUUUGUAAAAAAAUGCGACAAGCGACAAAGGAAAUUCAUACAAUUAGUGACACAUUAGUGAAUGCAAAAUUAGCAUUUGGAUUUCUCGAUAAUUCUGUAUGGGCCGACGGUCUCUUGGUUUUCUAUGAAAUUUUCCAAUAUUUGGAGUUUGCUAUGAUUAGAUGGAAACAUACAGAAAUAGGAUUAUUUUUACACGAUCAACUUCGUCGUACCGAAGCGUUUGAAAGUGAUCUCGAAUUUUAUUUAGGAAAAGAAUGGAUAAAAAGUUAUAGUCCUAGGGAUAGUGUUACUAGAUAUUUGAUUCAUUUAAAAAAAAUUGAAGAUACGGAUCCCAUUUUGCUGAUAGCAUAUAUUUAUCAUUUGUAUAUGGGCCUUCUAAGUGGUGGAAUUAUUUUACGUAAAAAGAGGCAACUUAUGCAAAAAAUUUGGCCGUUUCAAGCAUGUCAAAUGAAUGGCAAUAAUAUUACAAACUUCGGAACCAGCAAUAUUUUUGAACUUAAGCAAUAUGUACGCGAUACUAUGAAUAAUAUUGCCGAGACAUUGGACGAAGAUACAAAAAAUAAACUCAUCGAGGAAAGUAAGACAGUGUUCGCGUUAAAUAAUGAAAUUAUAAGAAGUGUACGAGGUACAGGCACUGUAUUUUUUAAAAAAAUAAUGUAUUUUGUUAUUCCCGUUAUGAUACUUCUCUUAGCUCUAAUUGCAUCUUUUAAAAAAAUAUGA